CGAUUCGAUGAAGUCCGCGGAGCCCGGGCUCUUGGGGCACCUGUAGUGAGGAUUUUGGAUCCCGCCGACGAGGAUUGUUAAAAUGAGUCUUCGGAAGCAAACCCCUAGUGACUUCUUAAAGCAAAUCAUUGGACGACCGGUUGUGGUAAAAUUAAAUUCUGGAGUGGAUUAUCGAGGGGUCCUGGCUUGCCUGGAUGGCUACAUGAAUAUAGCCCUGGAGCAGACAGAGGAAUAUGUAAAUGGACAACUGAAGAAUAAGUAUGGGGACGCAUUUAUCCGAGGAAACAAUGUGUUGUACAUCAGUACACAGAAGAGAAGGAUGUGAAGACACCAAGAGAGCAACACUUUUCAUAGUUGGAUAUAUUUUUUUAUGAAUUUUUUUUCUAAUUUUUGCUUCUUUUGCGAUGUAAUUUGUCCUGUUUUUAUAAUAAUUGGUGAUUUUUCACUGACAUGUGAGUAAGAUAAAUGUUUACAAUUGUGGAUUGAAUUGUGAAAUGUUCUUUCACGUUUUAAGUUUCAGUCAUUUUCUUUUACCUCUUGUCAGUGUACAGAAUGCUAAAAGAAUAAAAAAAAACCAAAAUAUAUCUCUUCUACAAGAUUAUGUAA